AACAAGCUAGCUCGCCUGUGAGCCUUCACUUGGACUGUUGGGUUUCACUCAUCUGCUCAUUCAAACCAUGACCUCCCUAGUUACGUCCUUGGGAAAACCGUCCGUCUACAAAGACAACAAAUAUCUUGGUACCGACGACGACUGGGAACGCGAAAUAGCAGCUUCGAGUACGCUGUACAUUGGUAACCUUUCAUUCUAUACAACCGAAGAGCAAAUUUAUGAGCUCUUCUCGAAAUGCGGCGAGAUCAAGCGUAUUAUUAUGGGUCUGGACCGAUUUAAGAAAACCCCGUGCGGUUUCUGUUUUGUCGAAUAUUACAACCGACAAGAUGCUAUGGACUGCAUGAAGUUUAUCAACGGAACAAAGCUUGACGAACGAAUUAUCCGCACAGAUCUUGAUCCAGGAUACAAAGAAGGUCGGAACUUUGGCCGUGGAAGGAGCGGUGGACAGGUGCGUGACGAACAUCGAGAAGACUACGAUGAGGGGCGCGGGGGCUGGGGAGCGCGACAACGGGAAAUGGAAGCCCGAGAAAACAGGCAGCGGGACACAUACGACAGUUUCACUACUGUACCGAAAGGAGCAGCCUCCUCAUACUACGCUGGAGAUUCAAGUUAUAAACCAAAGAGAGCAAGAGACGAUGAGGAUGAAGGCCCACGCAGAGGAAAGAGGGGACGGGACGAUGACAGAAAUAAUCCUCGAUUCCGCGAAAGAAGCGCAACCCCAGAGGACGAGUGAAGUAGAGAUCUUACCAUUAAUAGGAGAAUGGUGCUUGUGCUUGUUCAAGUGUACAUAUUACAGAGCUUUGAGCUCCAGAUCAGACACAACAUCAAGCCGUCCCGUUGCGGUCACUUUUUAAGCAGCUUGCAUUCACUGUACCCUGUCUAUCAUCUUCUCUGAUUGUUUACAACUAAAUUUAUAGCUACAAUGGGGUAUAUAGGAUGUCUUUGUAACAACUUCGACACAUAGCAUCUGUAACCAGCAGGGCUUUCAGCAAAACUGAUUCACAAAGGGGGGAGAUGAACAUCGCGACACAGUAGAUAUAGAUUCGACAUCUACAAAAAGACAUGCAGGAUUAAGCAUUCUUGGAGGAGUG